AUGCUGAAAGAAGUGGAAGAAAAUGUUCCAGAGGAAUUGCGAGAACCAUUUUACACAGACCAGUAUGAUCAGGAACACAUUAAACCACCGGUUGUUAACUUGCUGCUAUCUGCUGAACUCUACUGUCGUGCUGGGAGUCUAAUUCUCAAGAGUGAUGCUGCCAAACCACUUGUGGGUCAUGAUGCUGUUAUCCAAGCCUUGGCACAGAAAGGUCUUUAUGUCACUGACCAGGAGAAGUUGGUAACUGAAAGGGAUCUGCACAAGAAACCCAUUCAGAUGAGUGCUCAUUUAGCCAUGAUAGAUACCUUGAUGAUGGCAUAUACCGUGGAGAUGAUCAGUAUUGAAAAAGUGAUUGCAUGUGCUCAGCAGUAUUCAUCUUUCUUCCAAGCCACAGACCUACCCUAUGACAUUGAGGAUGCUGUUAUGUACUGGAUAAAUAAGGUGAAUCAACAUUUGAAAGACAUAAUGGAACAGGAACAAAAACUAAAAGAGCAUCAUGGUGUAGAAACUCCCGUGGGUCAAAAGUCUCCUACCAAAUGGUUUUGGAAACUGGUUCCUGCUCGUUACAGGAAGGAGCAAACACUGAUUAAGCAGCUGCCCUGCAUUCCAUUGGUAGAAAAUCUGCUGAAGGAUGGUACAGAUGGUUGUGCUUUAGCAGCCCUGAUCCAUUUCUACUGCCCUGAUAUUGUCAAACUGGAGGAUAUUUGUUUGAAAGAGACACUAUCAUUGGCUGAUAGCCUAUACAAUCUACAGCUAAUUCAAGAAUUUUGUCAGGAGUACCUGAACCAGUGUUGCCACUUCACUCUUGAGGAUAUGCUGUAUGCUGCUUCUUCAGUAAAGAGUAAUUACUUGGUGUUUAUGGCAGAGCUAUUCUGGUGGUUUGAAGUGGUGAAGCCAUCAUUUGUACAGCCCCGUGUUGUUGUACAUCCCCAAGCUGAAUCAGUGAAAGAUGCAUCCACUUCUAGAUUUAAUGCCAACAGAAGAAACUACAUGGGUGGCUCAUGUGAUUCUGACUUUAUAGCCAGUGUGGAGGGUCAAACUUUUAUACCUUCUCAUCAACUUAUGCCUUCUAGACAUACACACCAACAGCCUUAUUCAUCUGCUCCAGGAGUUAUUAGAAGGUCCACAUCUAUGUCAUAUAUGGAUGGGUAUGUAGGAACCUGGCCCAAAGAGAAAAGAUCAUCAGUGCAUGGAGUUUCCUUUGACAUUUCUUUUGAUAAAGAAAAUAGCAUUCAGAUAUCUACUCCAAAUAGAGGAAUUACUAGAUCUGUUAGUAAUGAAGGUCUUGCGCAAAAUAACACCCGCGUGCUCAAACACAUUAGGAAAAAUCUGUCCUUUAAGCCAGUAAAUGGUGAAGAGGAAACUCAAGAUAUUGAAGAAGAAAAGGACAUAGUAUCUCCUACUGACCCAGAAGUCAGUGCAUCUCUAAAUACAAAUCAAAGAAAUGCCAAUGAAAAUAACCAGUACAGGCUUCCAAAUGGAGCUUUGCAAAACAGGGCAAUUUUGGAUGAUUUUGGCAAUCAAAUUGAGACCCCAAGCAUUGAAGAAGCUUUGCAGAUAAUACAUGACACUGAAAAAUCUCCUGGUGUUAUCCAGCCAGACCAAAUAACAAAUGGGUUCUUUCUUCAUAACCAGGAAAUGAGCAUUUUUAACUCAAACAUUAAACUAAAUCAGCCUAGUCCUGACAUCAUCAUAGACACAAAAGGUGCUCUGAGUCCGGUGACUGACAAUACUGAAGUGGACACAGGAAUACAUGUGCCGUCAGAAGAUAUUCCUGAAACUAUGGAUGAGGAUUCUUCUUUGAGGGAUUACACGGUGAGCAUGGACUCCGACAUGGAAGAACCAUCUAAAUUUCUUCAAGAUUAUGAUGUACGAGCUAGUAAUCAGAGAGAGCAAUUAAGUCCCUGUCCAAGCUCAAUAAGUACCAAGUCACAAGCAGGCAGCAGUGCUUCUUCAAGCUCAGGAGUGAAAAUGACCAGCUUUGCAGAGCAGAAAUUUAGGAAACUGAAUCAUACAGAUAGCAGAAGCAGUGGAAGCAGUUCGCAGAAAACUACCCCAGAAGGUUCUGAGCUGAAUAUUCCUCAUGUAGUUGCUUGGGCUCACAUACCCGAGGAAACGCCCCUUCCUCAAGCAAGAGAUACUACGCAGUUGUUGGCCUCUGAAAUGGUCCAUCUUAGGAUGAAACUGGAGGAAAAAAGGCGAGCCAUUGAAGCUCAGAAAAAGAAAGUUGAAGCUGCCUUCACUAAGCAGAGGCAGAAAAUGGGAAGAACAGCAUUUCUGAACGUGGUGAAAAAGAAAGGGGAUGGAAUAUCACCUCUUCGAGAAGAAGCCGUAGGAGCUGAAGAUGAGAAAUCCUUCACUGAAAGUGGUAGACUGAAAGAAAAAGAAGCUCAAAAACCAGGUGAACGAACUAGUAAAACUAUGGAGGUAAUAAAGGAAAGCACUGAAAAUUCUCAGUCCAAGACCCCUUCCACACCCGUGGAUUCUGAAAAGCAAUGGAAUUUGGCAAGUCCCUCAGAAGAAACUCUAAAUGAAGGAGACAUUUUAGAAUAUACAAAAUCUAUUGAAAAAUUAAAUUCUUCUCUACACUUCCUGCAACAGGAAAUGCAACGCCUCUCCCUUCAACAAGAGAUGUUGAUGCAAAUGCGGGAGCAGCAAGCCUGGGUUAUUUCACCUCCUCAGCCUUCUCCUCAGAAGCAAAUUCGAGAGCUUAAAUCUUCAUUGAGGCAAACAGGAUCAUCAUCUCCUACUGCAUCAUUUUCCGUGGAAUCUCCUCGCCCUACUCAUCAAUCCCCGCAGUCUUCUAACAGAAAAAAUGCCUCUUUUCCCAUUAAGAUGCAAAGGACUCCUAGGCCAAAUGAACUGAAAAUAACACCUUUAAAUCGCACCUUGACUGCUCCACGGUCUGUGGACAGUCUUCCUCGUUUAAGAAGAUUUUCUCCAAGUCAGGUUCCCAUUCAGACUAGAUCAUUUGUUUGCUUUGGGGAUGAUGGGGAACGUGUAGCUGAACCUCAGUUAAAGGGAAAUCUUUUGAAAGAAGUCAAAGCUAAAGAGGAAGUAGCAAAAGAAGAACAACAAAAACAAAAAGGGACUUUGGAGGCAUGUGAACAAAAAUCAGAAGAGAAGGAGCUCAAGCCUGUUGAAUCUAAGGUUUCUGAAGUGUUAUCUCAGCCAAUCACAGAAACUGUCUGCCUCACACCAAAUGAAGAUCAGCUGAGCCAACCAGUUUUGCCAACUCUCACUCCUAAAACAGCUAAUUUAAUUGAAGUUUCCCUCUCGGAUUUAAAACCACCUGAAAAGGCUGAAGUUUCUGUUGAGAAAUAUGAAGGUGAGAGUGAUAGAGAACAAUUCGAGGAUGACCAAAAAGUGUGUUGUGGAUUCUUUUUUAAGGAUGAUCAAAAGGCAGAAAAUGAUAUGGCAGUGAAACGGGCAGCAUUGCUGGAAAAGCGGUUGAGAAGAGAAAGAGAGACUCUACUACGAAAGCAGCAGCUGGAAGCGGAGCUAGAGCAUAAGAAGGAAGAAACAAGGCGCAAGACAGAGGAAGAACGUCAGAAGAAAGAAGAUGACAGAGCACGCAGAGAAUUCAUUAAGCAAGAAUAUAUGCGACGGAAACAGUUAAAGCUUAUGGAGGAGAUGGAUACUGUAAUAAAACCACGCCCACAUUCAUCUAAACAAAAAAAGCCGCGUCCAAAAUCUGUUCAUAGAGAUCAUAUUGAGUCACCCAAAACUCCAGUCAAAGGUCCACCAGGUUCACAACUUUAUCGUGUUUUUUCAGUAUCUAGUCUUUCUUUGGCAUCCCUGAAUACAGGAGACAAUGAAAGCGUGCAAUCGGGCAAGAGAACACCAAGGUCUGAGUCUGUAGAAGGAUUCUUAUCUCCAAGUUGCUGUGGUAGUCGCAAUGGGGAAAAAGAUUGGGAAAAUGCAUCUACAACUUCUUCAGUGGCUUCUGCUACGGAAUACACAGGACCAAAGCUCUACAAAGAACCUAGUGCAAAAUCCAACAAACAUAUAAUUCAGAAUGCUUUGGCUCACUGUUGCCUGGCUGGAAAAGUAAAUGAAGGUCAGAAGAAGAAAAUAUUGGAGGAAAUGGAGAAGUCUGAUGCCAAUAACUUCUUAAUCCUGUUCCGGGAUUCAGGCUGCCAGUUCAGAUCUUUGUAUACGUACUGCCCUGACACUGAAGAAAUCAAUAAACUGACUGGGAUAGGCCCCAAAUCUAUCACAAAGAAAAUGAUAGAGGGACUAUAUAAAUACAACUCAGACAGGAAGCAGUUUAGCCACAUACCAGCUAAAACUUUGUCUGCCAGUGUUGACGCAAUUACCAUUCACAGCCAUUUGUGGCAAACUAAGAGACCUGUAACUCCUAAAAAACUCUUAUCUACCAAGGCAUAGUAGAUGGGGAAAAUAUUUGCUUCAGACAAUUGAUACACUUGCACUUCAUCUUUACUGCCUAUAGAAAAUAGAUUUCUAGUUGCCAACAAGACUUUUAGAACUUAAAACUGGACACCAAGCUCUAUUAUCAUGCACAACUGGAAUGUAAACACAGUGUUUAGGAAUACAGAAGAUUAUCACUUGGUAAUGCUUUCAAGUGGUCAUGGAAAUAUUUGAUUCAUGUAUGGAGAUUUGUAUGUGCUAAUAUGGUGUAGAGGGUAUAGUUGCUCUAUUUUGAUUAGAUACACUGAAGCACUGAAUGUUGUUCAUCUGUAGUGACAAAUUACAUUUUACAUUUGUUGCCUUUUACUUUGUUUUGUGCUUGUCUUGAAACUUUCUCCUUUUUUGGUAUUUUUCUCCUCUAAGGAAACACCUUUUUUAAACAUUUUUCAAUGCCAUUUACUUUUACUCAGUGAACCUUACCGUGAAGGCUAACAGACAAGUAGUUUAUCAAGAGGCAUAAUAGGUACUCCUCUAGAACCCUCUUUCUGUAUUGUUGUACCUACAUUACUGGAAGGUUUGUUCCCCCCUGAGUAUUUACAAUCAACUUCAACCAAGUAAAUACUGGUUUGCUUAACUGUUUUCAACUAAACAAUAGGGGAAAACAUUUGAGCUGCUUAAAGGGACGUUUCCUUCAGAUUACAUUAUCUUUUUAGCAAGUAAAAUAUUCAAAAGACUCAUAAAAUUCACUGGCGAAGUCUGCAUUGACCACCUCAACUCCUACCUAACUGAGGGCACAGGUAGGAUGGAACAAGUUGUUACAAGGUAGCCAACAGUAAGGAUUCACAGCGCAUCAGGUUCUCCAUGGUAACUAGCUGUGGCCACAUUCCUAUCUUCACCUAUUGAAAGCUUACCUGCAGAAGCUUAAUACCUUUUCUUGAGGGUCCAUUCAGGUUUUAAGGGGUAAAAUACCAUGGAUUAGCUCUAAUUUACUACAUAGUAAGAAUAUAUGCACAGUCGGUAUGUGAAGUAGCUGAUGCGCCAAAUCCUCGCCCUCUGUUAACAGGCAGGAAUUACUCUGUGUAUCCAUGCUAUCAGACUUAAAUAAUAUUUCCUGUAGAUAGAUAUGUGUUUCCAGUAUAUCUGCCUUUAUAACAAAAAAAAAAAAGUAACUUUCUUGACGUACACUUAUUAAUGACAAUUUCAUAUUAUCAGUUUUAAAAUAAACAUGACAAAAAACCUAAACAUUUCAAUAUGUUUAUAACAAAUAUAACCAUUUAUGAAAUUAACUAUUGGAGCAUACAUCAGUAUUAUUUACAAAGGGCUGCAUUUUUAUUUCAAAACAGUGUUUGAUCACUUUAUUAAUGCUAUUAUUAUUUAGCAUUUUUUCUCUUUUUAUAAUCACUUUAAUCAUAGCAUUAUUCUGAAGAAAACUACAAACUUGAAACCUCCCCCAAAUCUGUGGGUUUUUUGGCAAUGUAUACCAGAGGAUUAGUUGGG